UUCAAAUGCUGUCGAUGUUUUAUCCCAUGAUAUACAAAUCCUUAAUCCCGCGCCUUCGGUAUUUCCUCCGACGGACCGUGUCGACCAGUCUCCCGCCGUUUUCUCCCAUGAGCUUCUUCUCUUCCCGAACCGCCGUCGCCCGGCGCCCCCGCACCUCCGGGCUCCCGCCGAUCCGCCGGGCCGCUCCCAACCUCUCCUCCUACGCCCUCCGCGACGCGCCGCCCAGGAGCCCCGCCGCGGACCGGCCGUCCGACCUCGAGACCGUCGUGUCCAGGGUCCGCGCCGGGAGCAGCGAGCACGAAGUCCUCCGCUCCCUCGAGCGCGACCCCUCCUGCGCCUCCAUCGCGGUCGUCCCCCACGGCCUCGUCGAGAAGCUGCUCCAUCGGUUCAGGGACGACUGGAAGUCCGCCCUCGGCGUGUUCCGGUGGGCCGGGCCGCGCGCCGAAUCCGGCCGCGCCUCCCCGGAGGCCUGCGACGCGAUCGUCGAUAUCCUCGGCAAGAGCCGGAGGAUGGACAGGAUGAGGGAGGUUUUGGAGGAGAUGAGCCGGGGCAAGCUCGUGAGGCUCAGCACGGUAGGGAAGGUGAUGAGGAGGUUCGCUGGUGCGGGGUUGUGGGAGGAAGCGGUCAAGGUGUUUGAUGAAUUGGGGGACUUCGGGUUGGAGAAGAACACCGAGUCCAUGAACUUGUUGCUGGACACGCUCUGCAAGGAGCGCAGGGUCGAGCAGGCGCGCUCGAUCAUGCUGCAGCUCAAGCCUCACGUUUUGCCCGAUGCGCGCACGUUCAAUAUUUUGAUCUUCGGUUGGUGUAAGAUCAAUAGGGUCGACGAGGCGCAGUGGACUAUCCAGGAAAUGAAGGGCCACGGGGUUCGGCCCUGCGUCAUUAGCUACUCGACGAUCAUGCAGUUUCAUUGCCGUCAGGGCAAUUUCAAUAAGGUCUAUCAACUGUUCGACGAAAUGCGGGAUGGGGGGAGCCUGCCGAAUGUGGUCACGUACACUACGGUCAUGCAUUAUCUGGCAAAGUCGGAGGAGUUUGAUGAAGCGCUGCAAUUAGCCGAGAGGAUGAAGUUGGAUGGGUGCAAGCCGGAUACACUCUUUUACAAUUGCUUGAUCCAUGUGCUCGCGAGAGCCGGGCGAGUUCGAGAUGCCAUCGAUGUUUUUGAGGUGGAGAUGCCUACUCGUGGCGUAAGACCAAACACGCCUACCUACAAUACCAUGAUUUCGAUGUUUUGUCACCAUGGUCAAGUUCAGAAGGCGAUGGAUCUCCUCAAAGAAAUGGAAGAUUCAAAUUUUGCCAAACCUGAUGUUCAGACGUACUAUCCCUUGCUGAAAUCUUGCUUUAAAUCUGGGAAAACUGACGGCUUUUUGAGCAGAUUGUUGGACGACAUGGUCAACAAGCAUCACCUCAGUCUGGAUGUCUCGGCAUAUACACUUCUAAUUCAUGGGUUAUGUAGAGCGGACAAAGCUGAUUGGGCUUACCUUCUGUUUGAUGAGAUGGUUGGUCAAGACAUAAGUCCAAGGUAUCAGACAUGUCUUUUGCUGCUGGAUGAAGUGAAACAGAAGAACAUGUAUGAUGCCGCUGAGAGGAUUGAGGAUUUCAUGAAGAAAAUAUGAGGACAAGGCGCAGGAAGCCCAUAUUUUGAUGCCGACAUUGUGAACCAGAAUGUUGCUCAACAGUCGCAGGCCGUUAGGACAGCAUAGGACAAUUGUGGCUGGCGAAGGAUGAUGGACAGCCAGAGGGCAGAAUCGUUAUCUGCCCGCGGCAACAAAAAUCCCAUCAAUCGAUGGAGUUUCCGGUGGCGCGUACGCUACAAACAAUGACGCUGUUUGCUCGCCACCUCCAACGAAUUUGCUGAAAACCCUGAACGAAGGGGAUUGCAGCGAACGCCCGAUGCAACGUCAUCAUGCCACUGCAAGUUUCUUGAAGAAGACGAAACAUAUGGACUCGGAUAAUACUCGAGCCUCAUGCUGCGGGGGUUUAGGGCGAGAGCUUGUUCUUUCAGUGGAAAGAUUAAGACUGAUGGGUACUUCACAGUUCACAGAUCUGGCUGGGAAGAAGAUCAAGCAGAGACCCAAACAGAGUAACAUGCAAAUUGUAGCAUUGUGAUGGAAUGAUUCAUCUAUAACGCAGCUGAGUAAUUGCGUGCCAAAACUCUGUGCAUUGGGAUGCUUGUUACGAGGGGACGACACCCACGUGAUUCCCCCAACUUUAUCUCAAAAUCCGAGUCCGAAUCUCGUGAUCCAAAGCACGAUGGCGAUAA